CACCUCCAACCCGCGUUGGGCCUUGCAGCUGGUGGCAGCCCAGAGCUGACAAGCGCCCUCUCCGCAAUUUCCACAGCACAGCACCUCUCUCCUUUGCGCGGAACAACUUCACGAUUGCCCGCUGAUAUACCCUCUGUACCGUUCUCCCCCACUUUGUGUUGUUAUUAACGGUGUAAGCGACGUGUUUUUGGCCGACCCCCGAGCUGCGUGCCAUUUGAUUCUUUGUUGGAGAAGCCUCAACUGCGACUUGCCACCAGCUCCCUCCCACCUACCCACCACCACCUGCCCAAUUUUGAGCCCAGCAGAGAGGAGAGCAAGCCGCGCCGCGCCUGUGGACUCGCAACCUAACGUCAUUGCGUUGCUACUUCCAGUUCUCUCUCGCGAACCACACUGCCCCCAGCAUUCCCAGCACUCCCAGCAUUCCCGCACUGCAAUUAGCAUCAUCACCAUUCUGUUGUCGAGCACACCCACCACCAUCGACACCGUCUUCUAGAGUUACAGAGCAAUCGUCAUAAUGGAUACCACCAUGGAGGAUGUCGGGCGCGCUCCCACCGACCUGCCACCCGUCCAGGUUCAGGAAACCACCAUCCCUACUCUGGAUGGUUGGAUCGAGAGCCUGAUGGCCUGCAAGCAGCUGACCGAGUCGGAUGUGCACAGAUUGUGCGAGAAGGCACGUGAGGUUCUCCAGGGAGAAUCCAACGUACAACCUGUCAAAUGCCCCGUCACGGUGUGCGGUGACAUCCACGGCCAGUUUCACGAUCUUAUGGAGUUGUUCAAGAUUGGCGGUCCCAACCCCGAUACCAAUUAUCUCUUCAUGGGAGACUAUGUCGACAGAGGUUACUACUCGGUCGAGACGGUCACCCUCCUUGUCGCGCUCAAGAUUAGAUACCCCAAACGAAUUACCAUCCUCCGAGGCAACCACGAGUCGCGCCAGAUCACCCAGGUCUACGGCUUCUACGACGAGUGCCUUCGCAAGUACGGUAAUGCUAAUGUCUGGAAGUACUUUACCGAUCUCUUCGAUUAUCUCCCCCUCACCGCUCUCAUCGACAACCAGAUCUUCUGUCUGCACGGCGGUCUUUCGCCUAGUAUCGAUACCCUCGAUAACAUCAAAGCUCUCGAUCGGAUUCAAGAAGUGCCUCAUGAGGGCCCCAUGUGCGAUCUCCUUUGGUCGGACCCUGAUGACCGCUGCGGCUGGGGUAUUUCCCCCCGUGGCGCCGGGUAUACGUUCGGCCAGGAUAUCUCGGAGGCUUUCAACCACAACAACGGCUUGACGCUGAUUGCCCGCGCGCAUCAGCUUGUGAUGGAAGGUUACAACUGGUCACAAGACCGAAAUGUUGUCACAAUCUUCUCUGCGCCCAAUUACUGCUACAGAUGCGGUAACCAAGCUGCGAUAAUGGAGAUUGACGAACACUUGAAAUACACAUUCUUGCAAUUUGAUCCCUGCCCUCGGGCCGGUGAGCCUAUGGUCUCUCGCCGGACUCCGGAUUACUUCCUUUGAUCAGCUGACCUAGACUUGGAGCAUCGCAGUUCCCUCUGCGGUGAUUGCAUACUAAUAAGGGAGGCAAAGCGUCUAUUGAUACAAUUCCAUGGUUCACUUGUCAGAAUACCCGUCGAGGUCAGAGAGCGAAAAGCGAGGAUCACUUGGAGGCGGCUGACAGACUACAAUACCCAAUGUAUCAACUGCAAGAUGGUCCGACUUGUCUCUUGAGCACAAGGAAAAACAGGCACCUGUUUCAGUUUCACAUCCGGUGGUCUCGGUAGCGAAGUGACUUGAAUAGGUGCAUCCCAUCUUCACAUCUCGUUUGCAGCACUUAGAAGAACGGGAUUAGACUAGGCUGGCCAGAUGAAUGGGCAUUUUUUUCUCAACCUUGGGACUUUGGCUUUUGCAGUGAAAAGUGAUGAAAGAUGUUUGUGAGGAAACGAAGACGAGGAAUCUCGAAAAGAGAAUGGGGCUAGGCGUAUAUGGGCGAUAAACAGGCAAAAGUCUCUCUCGUGUUUGAUCAAAGAUAUAGGAUGAGUACUGCUAGUUUGAAAUAACCCGGC